AUGCCGGUCGACCCGUCCGCAGUCGCCUGUGCCUUCUCCAUAGGCUCAUUCUGCCUGCUGGCCCGCUCCGCGCCGCCGGCGCCCAUCUGCGGUUGCCAGUGCGACUGCGGGUCUCCUGGGUGGCCCACCGCCCAGCUGCUCGCCGUCGCGGCGGGGCAGCUCGUGACGGGCUGGUUCGCGGCCCGCUGGUGGGCGCCACCGAGGCCGGCGUCGCCGCUCGUGGUGGCCGCAGGGCUGGAAGGGAUCAAGCAGCUGACGCUGCCGGCUGGGGCUCGCGGCCGGCGCUUCUGGGCCCUGUUCGACGCGUCGGAGGGGGUCUGGCACGAGCGCCUGGUGCUGCGGCGCACCGUCGGGGGCCACGUGGUGCUCGCGCCCGACGGCGACGUCUACGAGGAGCUGCUGGAGGACUACGAGGCUGCUCUGCCUAGUGGUGUGGCUGGCGGCAUCCCGAGCCGGCUCUACGGGCCGAUGAUCUUCCGCUACGCCUUCCGCCCGGGGGACAUCGCUCACGGCAGCGCCUUCCGGCGGAGAGCCGAGGCCUACCUGGCUGGCUGGGCUGGCGCGCCUCCGGCGGCCGAGGGAGGAGGGCGGGUGCCCGCGCCCCUUGCUGACGCUGGCGCGAUGUCUGCCCCCGCGCGUGGCUCGCUGGUGCCGGCCGCCGACGUCGACCCAGGCUUCUAUGACCCCGGCGCGCUGGUGGCUCACGCCUGCCUCGUGGGCUCCGAGUGGUUUGUCGGCGAGAACCAGGGUCCCCGCCGACGCGGGGAGAGCAUCACCAUCCGCCCUUCGGACCUCGCAUUCGGCGUCGCGGGCCAGGCCCUGCUGUGCCGGGAGGGAGUCUGGUACCGCCUCUGCCGCGACCCGCCGACGCCGUUGCCAGCUGGCGAGGGCGAGGCGGCCGCGGCGGAGGACCUCCGCACACUGGCUGUCGAGUACAACGUGCGCGGCGAGCGCACGCGCAGCUUCGAGUCAGCUCGUCACCUGCUGCGCGAGGAGGUCCUGGACGACGCCUGGCCCGUGGAGGGCCCGCGCACGGUGCAGUGGCUCAUCGAGGCCUUUGCCCACAGCGGCAUGGCCCCCGUGCCUCGCCAUCACUGGUGGAGACAGGCGCUGGGGGCGACCACGUCGGACCCGGGGAUCGACGAGCACCUCUUCCUCUCGGAGUGCAUCCAGCAUGGGCUGCAGUAUGACCAGCUCAACAUCUGCAACUUGGCCUGCUUCGAGAGCAUGGCCCGCCGCUACCAGCUCUGGGAGGAGCGGUACCAGGAGCGGAUCCGCGCCUCCACGGAGGGCUCGGUGGCGGCGGGCCUCGCGGCUGAGAGGCACUUGUUCCUCGGCGGCGACCGCGCCAAGGGCUACGCCCUCAUCUCGCCCGAGCUGGAGCGCUGGGUGGCGAAGCGCAUGGAGGAGCAGGCCGCC